AUGUCGGAACUCCUUUCCGCAAAAGUUAUACAGCAAAACCUUAAACUCAUACUUGAUCAGAUAGCGAGGGCAUGCGAGAAGUGCGGGAGAACGGAUACACCUAGACUGGUUGCAGUUGGAAAAACAUUCCCAGCAUCGCAAACUCAGUAUUGUUAUGAAGCAGGACAGAGGCAUUUCGGAGAGAAUUAUGUGAAUGAACUGGAAGAAAAGUCCGCCGCUUUGAAAGAAGUCUGUCCAGCUAUUGAGUGGCAUUUCAUCGGGAAAAUUCAAACUAAUAAGGUAAGUCAAUUUUGGUUACCCCGAAGGGUCAGAAUUUCCUCGUUUUCCCAAGAAAUCCGAGCAAACCUCCAGUUAGGAUUCGGGCAUAUUGGGGGUAUUUAUAAAAUUAGCCUAAAUUUGCCCAAGAUCAUACUGGAAGUACCAAUAUGAAGUCGUUUUUAACUCAUUCAUUAACUUAAUCAUGCUUGGGGUGAUAUUUUUUAUUUUCCCAACUACAAAAACGACAAAACAAGUACUUUAACAACGAAAAAAUUUAACGAUCCAAUCUUUCGCAGUCAGAUUUGGAAUUUUUUCCCUUUUAUAUUCCGACUCCGGCAAUUGACCAACUAGUUUUCGACCUCAAAACCAAGUUUUGAUAGGGUUAAUUUGGCAGAAUUUUUCGAAAUGACGUCAAAUUGCUGUAAUUUUGGCUGAAUUGAGAGAUAUGCGGUUCGAUCGUUUGGAGGACCUCAAAGCAUUGCUUAAACAGAUCUUUCUGACUUUUUUGAUUCCAAAUAUCCCAGUUUUUACGCGCCCGAAUGUAAUCCUCGUCGGAACAAUCGCAACACGUAGUGGAUGCCGCCGGUGGAUACUAUGUUUGGUUAAUACAUUGAGAAACAUGUCUUAUCACUAAUUUUCAUUUUUUUCAAAAAAGCGAGCUCUUCACUUGCAAUAGUUAAUUUUUAUAUUUGGUUUCAAAGGUUUGUACUUUUAGAUCAAAAAGAUUGUGGAGUGUCCUAAUUUAUCAUUCGUGGAAACUUUGGACAGCGAAAAACAUGCCCAGACGUUUCAGAAUUACUGUAAUCGGCUGAACAAGACAAUAAAUGUUUUCGUUCAGGUGAAUACAAGUAAAGAAGCCAAUAAAAAUGGGCUGGAGCCUACAGAAGUCGGAACUCUGAUCAAGUUUAUAAUAGAACAGUGUCCUAACUUGGUGUUCAAAGGUGCGUCUAUCGGAUCAUUAUCACACAAGGUGGUUUAGGGUUGAUGACGAUCGGGUCUGUUCAAGAAAGUCAUAAGACGGAUCAGAAUUCAGACUUCGAAUUGAUGAGAAAUAUUCGAAAAGAAGUAUCGAAUACCGUUGGUAUCCCUGAAGACGAGAUAGAGUUAUCGAUGGGGAUGUCCGGGGACUUCCCGUUAGCUAUUCAAUAUGGGAGUACCAAUGUUAGAGUUGGCUCUGUCAUCUUUGGGCAGCGGUAUUACCCACCUAUUCAAUGA